GGGCGGGGCCGCAUCAGCUGUUCGCGGCGCGCCCGGCGGCGGCGGCCGCACUUCGGCUGCGGGGAGACGCGGCGGCGGCUCCCGGCGCGCCCGGACCGCUUCCCGGCCUGAAAUUCCUCUUGCUAGUCUUCCAUUCUGUUUAAUGCUUCGCAAACCAGAGCAAAGGAAGAGACAUGAAGAGUUGAAUUUCACUGCCUUGUUUGGAACUGGGUGGAAAUCCUGGAGAUGGAUCUCUUAGGAGACUGUCUUCCAAUUGGGUUAGAUGCACAGGAGCAAUGGACCGCCCCAGCUACCUGGAAGAGGAGUAUUCUAGCCUGGAUGGGCUGGACGAUGACGUGUUUCACUCUGAUGACUUUGGACUUGCAGGUCAGCCUGGUGAGAUGACUGCAACUGGCAUUUUCACACAGAACCAGUCCUACAGCUGCCUUCUGGGGAGGUUUCAACUAUUCCCCCUCACACACUGCUGUGGUCCCGGUAUCAGGCAUCCUGAGCAGCAGGACAAGGCAACUCAAACACUCAGCCCGUCCUCUUCCAGUCAGGAUGUUAUGUUGCCUUGUGGAGUCACUGAAGAGCCCCGGAGACUCUUCUAUGGGAAUGCUGGUUACCGUUUACAUGUCCCUCCAGUUGGCUUUGCAUUGGAUCCUCACCUCCAAGAGGAGCCUCAGGAAGGUCAGAGGGAAGCACGUGCCGAGGUGCAGAUUGCACGGAAGUUGCAGUGCAUUGCUGACCAGUUCCACCGGCUCCACAUACAGAGGCAUCAGCAGAAUAGAAAUCAAGUGUGGUGGCAGCUUUUUCUCUUCCUACACAACUUGGCCUUAAAUGCGGAGGCGAACAGGAACCACACUGGGCAGAGGUGAGCUUGGCCCGCCUGUUCCAGGCCGCAUCCAGUCUGCAGGGAGCACUGAACAAACACUGGUUCGGGGGCGAGACAUUGCACACCGCCGGCCGGAUGUGAGGACUCUGAAUUUCUGAUACUCGUCUUCAAGUUUGGGGUUUUUUAUGGACUCUUCUUUGCUGCUCCCUGCCUCGUGAGGCAGGGAGCUCUUGUCCAACACUGUCGAAGGAAAGCCAGAAUGUGGGUGUGUUUGGUAAAGCUUGCUGCUGGUUCCCUGCGCCGGUGACCUCUGUGCAAGGGAGGCAGGUAUUAGACUAACGGCCUCCUCUGCCCUGUGUUAGUCAAUGGUAGAGUACAGGAGCGUCAUUUUGGCUGCUAGUUAAAAAUGAUGUCUGGGAUUGAUGACUCUAAACAUACUUCGGGUAUCUUCCAGAGCAGAGAUGCUUGAUUCCUCCACAAAGAAAAUUCUGUUUUACAGUGAAAACAUUCUAGUAGCUUAUAUCCAUCAGGUUACUUGCUUUCUGCAUGGAUUACUGUUUAUUUCAUUGCACACUGUGUGAGAGAAAAUUACAAAGAAAUCUCAUCUCUUCAAUCUUUCCAUUGGGCACCAGUUGCAGCUCUCUCACAUGAUGUUGUUCUUUGUUACUGCCAUCAAUAGACAAAAUCAUUUCAUUAGAACAGACUUAAAAUUAAACCUUUCUGAGGUUGCUGGUAGCUGUUGGUUUCUGCCAGUGUUUGCUUCCAAUUCAGUGUUCACAGUGCCCGUGAGCCAGCAUGAAGCCAAACCCCAUGGAAUAUGACACAAGUGUCAUUCUGCAAUGCUAAUGUAUAUGUUUCUAUUAGUUUUAUGAUUUGAGUUUAUUUUGUUUUGUUUUUCUCUUCUCUUUUCUUAUUAUAAUGUGGUUGGUCAGGAAGGCUUAGGUCCCAGGCAUCUGAGUUUUGUUUCAAGAUUUGACAGGGAAAUUAAUUAGCAACUAGUCUGACAUGUACACUGUACAAGCAGUCUGUCUGUUACUCUAGUAUGUAAUGCUUGGAGGCUGCUGUAAGCAUAUAUUGACUAACAGCAGUAAUGUUAUUUCAAGGGAGAUCAUCUAAUAGUUCCUGGUUUGUAUGCACUCAGAAGUUUGUCCAUAUGACUGACACUAUCGGACCAGCACAGGGAAAUCACCCUGCCGAAAGGAAGUAGCCUUAAAUAUUGACAGCUACUUCUCUGUAGCCUUAAAUAUCAUUAGUUCGCAAACCUAAUGACAACUAGGGUAAAACGCAAACAGAAAAGCAAUACAGACUUUAUUUUCUUCAGACCAUUACCAUAUUGCCUCUGCGCUUUGUUGGAUGGCUCAAAUGAUGAAACCAGCAUGAGGAAGGGCUGUCCAGAGAGUUGCUCUUCAGUCCUGUUACAAAUGUCAACUUCAGGUGUUGAGGAGUUCUUCUGCUCUUAGUCCCCUCUGAAAAAUUAGCAUUACUGUAGGGGAAGAGUAGUUUACUUGCACAUAAACGCCUUCUCCUCCACCCCUCUCUGCAUAUCCUCCUCUAAUUCAUGCUUUCUCUGGUAUUUGUAUAGUCUCAUCAUUGCACUGUAGUGUCUGGUAACAAUUUGCUGAACACAGUUAAAUUUGGACUUUCUCCCUCCCUCCCGGCCCUAUUCUCUUGAUUUGCAUGCUGCUCUGCUGUGACAAAGUGUGCUUUAGCUCCUUGAAAGAGGUCCUCAAGCCUUUUUUCCCUUUCGUAUAUUCACAGUCACUCUCUUUCAACAUAAGGAGAGUUUAUGUGAGAGAAACUUUUUUCUCCUCUUACUUAAAUUUUCUAGCUAGAGCUAGAGUAAUGUGUUUGUCCAUGAUGGUUAAUAAUUCAUGUAAAUGAAUUUCAAGUAAUA